AGACAAUCUUUAACAGCUGUAAAGAUUUACACAUCUCGAGUUUUAGUUAAUGAACAAGAAAAGGGUGAAACCUUUCGUUGUUUCUCGGCCAAAAGAAAAAAACAAUUCCUCUCAUUUGUACAUCUGAUCUCAAGUGGUUGGUCCCUUUCCCUUUUCUCUUCCCACAUCUAGUUUCUUCUCCUAACUCCAGAGUUUGGUUCUCAAAAGUGCUUUCCCUUUUCUUCUACCUUGAGAUAAAGAGAUGGGGACAUACCUAAGUUCUCCCAAAACUGAUAAGUUAUCAGAAGAAGGGGAGAAUGAUAAACUCAGAUAUGGUUUAUCCUCUAUGCAAGGUUGGCGCGCCACCAUGGAAGAUGCGCAUGCUGCAAUACUUGAUAUAGAUGAUAAGACAUCCUUCUUUGGUGUGUAUGAUGGCCAUGGAGGUAAAGUUGUGGCAAAGUUCUGUGCCAAGUAUCUUCACCAGCAGGUUCUCAGUAAUGAAGCAUAUGGAGCUGGAGACAUUGAAACAUCUCUCCGAAGAGCAUUUUUCAGAAUGGAUGACAUGAUGCAAGGACAGAGAGGGUGGCGAGAGUUAGCUGUACUCGGUGACAAGAUGAAUAAAUUUAGCGGCAUGAUUGAAGGGUUUAUAUGGUCCCCAAGAAGCGGUGACGCCAAUAAGCAGCCUGAUAAUUGGCCUCUUGAGGAUGGUCCUCAUUCUGAUUUCCCGGGGCCUACUUCCGGGUGUACAGCAUGUGUAGCUCUUAUUAAAGAUAAGAAGCUUUUUGUUGCAAAUGCUGGUGACUCACGUUGUGUUAUAUCAAGGAAUGGCCAGGCUUACAAUCUUUCUAAAGAUCACAAACCUGAUCUUGAAGUUGAAAAAGAAAGGAUACUGAAAGCUGGUGGGUUUAUUCAUGCUGGGCGAAUUAAUGGAAGCUUGAAUCUGACAAGAGCCAUUGGUGACAUGGAGUUCAAGCAGAAUAAGUUGUUACCAUCUGAGAAGCAAAUGGUUACUGCUGAUCCAGAUAUUAACACUCUUGACCUAUGUGAUGAUGAUGAUUUUCUUGUUGUUGCAUGUGAUGGAAUAUGGGAUUGUAUGUCAAGCCAGCAACUGGUGGAUUUUAUCCAUGAACAGUUAAAAUCUGAAACAAAACUUUCGAUCGUAUGUGAAAAAGUUGUUGAUAGAUGUUUGGCUCCAGACACUGCUAGUAGGGAAGGUUGUGACAAUAUGACCAUCAUCUUGGUUCAGUUCAAGAAGCCUAAUAACCCAUCUGAGACCGAACCAGAAGAAGAAACCAAACCUGAAUCAAGCCAGGACGAGCCGAGCUCAUCAAGCUAGAGUCCUUAAAAGAACCAGAAUGAGAUUUGACUUUGGUUCAAUAUUGUUAAUGCUUUUUAGUGGCGUAGAAAAGCAGAAGCUGGCGUUCAUUGAGAUUUCAGUUUUUUUUUUCCGAGCUUCUAUAUACUCACAGACUGGUUCCAUCGGUUCUUGUAAUCAAUAAACGACUUUGUAUAGUUGUCUUGUGAUUUAUGGGAGAAAAUGUUGUUAGAUGUUUUAUAUUCUGAUG